UAUCUGUUCAUGUUUGUACUAAUUGAAACGAAGUACUAAUAGCUUGUUUUUCACAAGGCUCUAGUGUCGAAACAUUUUGUCAGCUUGUAUUUACAUUAUUGACUGUGUAUAGAUUACAAGAGAAUUGCAGUCAGUACAGUUGUCUGUCAUUAUUGCUAUAGCAUAUACGCUACAUAAGUUGUCAUUCUGGCUUUAGAUAAUUGUACAAAAUCAGUUAAAUACUGCAGAGUAGCUAUGGCUAUUACUAAGAGAAAUUUAGCUCUAGUAAGUACAGUUUGUCUAGGCUUACUGGCCAUACUGCUUGUCCUUAGUAGCCAUUCACAAGAAACUUCUGUGCAUGAAAAUUAUAGAACUGAGUAUAGUUACAGUGACAACGAUGUGAAGUCAGAGCUGUUGGCUGUUGGACAUAAUGUAAGAAAGUGCUUCAAUUCAUCAGGACUUGGCAGCUCAGAUUCUAACCUGCUCCAGUUGGGUAUUGACAAUGCUCAGUUGUUCAUGAAAGAGUACAGGAAAGUCAUACCAAGGAAGUCUCUGGAGCACCACGCCAGCCAUUGCUGGCAGACUGACUACAGUGCAUCAACUACUGCACUCAGUUGGUACACUGGGAGAGUCACUGGACGUAUAGCUGGACAAAAGUUUGAUCGGCCCACAGAUUCUACAUUUUAUGGAAAAAGUGAAUACCGUGAACUGAGCAGCCGUUUUAAUGGUAAAUUUUCUUCAAACACUGUCUGUUUACCGAAAGCCUAUUUGCUUGGUUUUGAAAAAUGUGGUUCUACGUAUCUAUGGUGCUUUAUAUCUAAAGUCAUAAACGCCUUCAGUGAAAACUCUGGGAAAAGCUCUGAUAAAUACCAUGCCGACAAAGAGCCUUAUUUCUGGACACCAUUCCUAUACACAAAGUCACUACCACACUCUGACACUAUUGGGAAUCCAUACUUGCUCAACUUCUUGCAAGCUUCAGAUCCGAAAAUCACCACUGAAGAAAGAAAACAAAUCCUGCUCAUUGAUGGAACUCCAAGCACUGUCAUAGAAUGGCCUAAAUUUCGAAAGUCUGAUCCGGAUCUUGCCAACUAUUGCCUACUACCGAGCGCCCUUCCUCAACUAUUCCCAAACUCUAAAUAUGUCGUGAUUAUGAGAGAUCCUGUCGACAUGCUUUACUCUAAUUUCUGGUGGACUUACUACGUCGAUGCAUUGAUAUCAUAUAGUUUAAUAAAGGAUGUCCUCAAUGCUGUCGAAGGUCCCAAGAUUUUCCACGAUCACUCUGUUUCAAAAAUCAAUUUCUUUUUGCAGUGUCUUCGAGAAGAAUCGCAAGAACCGUGUCCGUUUGUCAACGCUACACCUGAAAAUUAUAGUAGUUGUAUUUCCUCUCGUACCCACCUACUAAGCAAGUGUGUCAAUGAAAUUACUACCAAUAGAAAAAGAAAAGAAUCGGCCAUUCAUCGAGGCAUCUAUUACGUUCAUGUACGCAAAUGGCUCAGUGUUUUGCCCCGUGAUAGAAUCUUGUUCGUAAGUUUAGAAACAUUGAAGAAGGAGCCAGCGAAAAUAGCAUCGCAAGUUUUAGACUUGUUUGAAAUUAAUGGUGAGCGUAACAAGCUACCAUUAACUGACAAAGUUGUCAAGAAUAUAACCUCUGACUGUUCGACAAAUUCGAAGGGUUUAAUAGAUUACAAACACUCGCCAGAUAUCAAGAAUAUGCUUAAAGAAACAGAAGUUUUGCUAAAGAAAUUUUUUGUGCCGUUCAAUAAACUUUUGGCUGAGCUACUCGAAAGUGAUCAAUUCUUGUGGAACUCUUAAUUCUUUUGUUAUAUAUAUAGAGCCUUUGUACUAUUGAUAAUGCGUGUGUUUUGGCACGCACUCUUACAGAACGUGAAGUACAUAUCCCAUGCACCUUGUUGUCAUUUUUGUGUCUUAAAAAACAUUUAAAGUAGCCUAGCUUGUUUUUGUGUGCUUGAUUGAUACGUGUAUGAUCCUAUUAUGGUCUGAAGUAUGUGAA